GUAGGUGAAAGUACCCAGCGAACAGAAGAGACUGGUCAUUAUAUAAAAUAAAUUGCGACGAGACAAAAUAAACCCGUAGCUCGAAAACUUUGAGCUUCAAACAACACUUUAACUCUGUAUUCAUCCGCCGCUACAUGCUGCCGAUAUUGUUGCCAACACCGCCUUUAUAGCAGACGACUAAAAUAUUAACGUCUGUCUCUUUGAAUUUCACUGAUUUUAUUGAAAUUUGUAUACAUAUAUUGUAUAUUAUAUACACCGUUACUUAUUUUUAAUAUUUACUGAAGUCAAAAUAAAGAAGAAAAAAGUGUUCAUUUGUGAUACGCGAGAGGGCGGAAGUUUAUCACCACCACCACCACCAUCAACCUAAACACCUCCAUCACCACCACUAAUAAAUACGCGAACGCCAUCGCCGUCGUCAUAAUCAUAACCAUCACAACCAGCUGCAAUAAUCAAUUUAUCUGGAGUUCGAUCUCUGAAGAAAUAAUCAUCUCCGGUGCUAACUUUGACCAGUAAUUAACUCCACAUCCACCACCACUCUUCACAACCGCUAUAACUGCGGUCAUCACAUUCUACUUUGUCUGGACAAGUGACUUUCUCAUCCAUUCCGAGAUAAUUUCGACAACCACAUCAACAGAGAUGACACGACACAUUUUAAUACUUAGCAUUGUUGGCAUGGUGCUAGUUUCUCUUGUAAAUGCACGAUAUAUCCCAGAGGAAGAAUUGAGAUCGAAGCGCCAGACAGGCGAUAUUAAAACAGCUGAAUACCAAGCAUGGUUAGCACUUGGUGGCAUUGUACCACCGGGUUGUGUCGAGGUUGCCUGUGGGGUAGUCGAUGUACACGCCAGCGUUAAACGGACAUCCUCCGACCAGAGGAUAGCCGAAUUAAAAGCUCUUCUCGCCAUGAGCAGAGUGGUUGGUCAUGGCCAAAUAGACGUAGAUGCAAUUGGCAAGAAAAAACGUAGUGACAUAUCAAGUGACGACAUCAGACGUUCAAUUCUGGCUCAAAAACUGAUCCAAUUUGCAGCAGAGAGACUUGCAAAGACUGAGUAAUCUAAAGAAAUGAUUCAGCGAGAUUCUUCAAUGAAAGUAAACACAUCCUUAAACCAGUCCUCAUCUGAUUGAUUGCCGGCCAGAACUUCUUUCCUAUUUUGACGAACAAACAAAAGAUUAAGAUAUAAAUGGAGAAACAAAAUUAAAUUAAAACAAUAUAUAUAUAUAUAUAUAUAUACAUAUAUACAGAAUAAACAUAAAAAAUUAAAAAAAAACACGAUCUUUAAACAUUAUCAGGGUAACAAUGCUAUGAACCAAAUGGGAAACCGAUAAACUGGUCACUGCCAAAAUGCAUCGCUGACCUUCAACGCAGUUUUAUGGCGUAGUCAAAUAUUAUUUUUUGUUAUAAACCCUUGCAUUGGUUUUCGAACUCAUUGUCUACUUUCUACAACUUCUUCCUCUCUUCCUAUUUCUUUCCAAACUGUUCCUUCUUAUUUCAAUUUUUUUUUAUGAUACCUAAUAUUAUUGUUAUUGAGUGAAUCCCCAUGUUACGGAAAUUGACGUAAGUGCAUCGACACUUGCAACAUGGUUUUAAUUCCUGGAUGCAAUUCUUUCCUUUAACUAUGAUAUUCAUGUCUUUGGAAAAGGCAUGAAUAUCACGACUUCGCCUCCCUUCUUUAAUUUCUGCUCUUACCUAUCAGAUAGAAAUUAUUACUAUUAUAAUUACUCAUGUAUUAUUUUAGUUUCAAUUUAUUUCGAAAAUCCUUCGCUUAGAAAUAUUUAUUUUUCUAAUUUCUUCUCUACUUCUAUUUAUUUAAAAUAUGUUUUAUUGAUUGUAAUUAAAAAAAUAGUAAUAAUAAAAGAUGCAACAACUGAAUAACAAAUUAUACGUAUUCUUUUAAUGA